AUGGCCGCGGAUAACGAGGAACACGAGGGCGCCUCCAUCAAGGAGCUCCUCAUCGAGGCCUGCCGGCGCAACAAUACCGACCUCUUCAACGAGGUCAUCGCCGACAUUAAGGACGAGGACGAGCUUUCCCGCCUUCUUAACGAGACCACCACCGUCAUGGGCAACCAUCUGUAUCACGAAGCCGCCUCGCGGGACGAAAUAAUCGACCUCCUCCUAGACCAACCAAACUUCGAAUGCGACCCCGUCAACCGCCUCGAAGGCGACACCCCGCUGCACACCGCCAUCCGCUGGAUCAACUCGGAACCCCCCGCCCAGCGCGACUUCGGCAACGCCCUCGUCGAGAUGAUGCUCGAGGCUGGCUCCAACCCGCGCGUCAAGAACAAGGGCGGCCUAACCGCCCCACAGCUCGUCGACCCCCGCAACCCGGGCCUCCGCGACCUCAUCCAGAAGCACGAGUACGCCACCAUGAACGCCGGCGACUUCAUCAACGUCGACUCCUCUUCCGCCGCAGCCUCGCACGGCAAGAAGAAGGGGGCCGCCCCCGCCGUCCCCAACGCCGCUGCCCCGCCCGUGCCCACAAACGCCGCCCCGCCCGUGUACAACGACGACAACUCCUCCGACGAUGACGCCGAGUUCAGCGGGAGCGACGACGAGGAGAGGGCCGAGUGGGACCGGAGACGGAAGGAGCGUGCCACGCGUAAGGGCUGA